UCAGCACAUGCGAAGUUCGGCUCGUCUUCAGCAGUAGCACAACGCAAACACAAGUGGUGGUCAGCGUCCAGGAGAGCGGAAAGCAGCGCGGCAUACCGCUGGCGAUGUGAAAGCGCCUUUAUUAAGGCCCGUGUUUAAUUAUCUAGCGUUAACACGCUCAAUAUGAUAGACUACGGCUUUCCUGCGGGUGACGAGAGUGAUGGGAGUAAUGAUGAAUGGGACACAGGGUAUACCAGUGGUAGCAAGAGUCCAAAUUCUGAGGUUUCAGGGUCAACUUUACCCAGUGAUGACAAUGUUUCAGUUUUGAAAAGAGCCAUUUCUGCAGGGGAUGUCAAUCUUGUGCAGCAACUUCUGGAAAGUGGAAUGGAUGUGGAGACAAGGUUGGGCUUUGGAUGGACUCCACUCAUGUGUGCUGUCCAUGUGUCCAACUAUACCCUGACCCAGCUGCUGCUGGACCAUGGUGCAAGUGCAAAUUUCAGCAGAGAUGAUUAUACAGUACUGAUGGCUGCAUGCACAGCAAACUCUACCACUGAGGAGAAAAUCGCUAAGUGUGUAGCUCUACUGCUGAAUCGCAAUGCCGACCCCAACAUCUACACCAGGAGCCGCAUGACGUGCCUGAUGUUGGCUGCCAGGGACAACUACUCUCAUUUGAUCAAUCUGCUGGUAUCUCAUGGAGCUGAACUGGACUUUCAGGAUGAUAGCGGCCACACGGCGCUAAUGUUGGCUGUGCAGUAUGGACACGAAGGAGCAGUUCUAAAACUUCUUCAGCUCGGAGCUGACAAGUCCAUCAAAACCAAGGCAGGCAAGACAGCAGCUGACCUGGCCAAAACAUGGAAACAUACUCAGCUCUACAAGAUUCUUAACUCCCCACGAGAUCAUACUACUAAUGGAGGGCUGCCCUCUAAAGCAGAAACAGUGUUUAAAUUUCUCAACAGUAACCUCGAAGCUCCAUCUGUCUCCAAAGAGAGUUCUGCUAAGCUUUGUGAUAUUGAACUUCUGCUGCAUGGGCUGAACCUGGAGCACCUCUCUGAUGUCAUGAUGGAUAAUGAUAUCAGCUGGAGCUACUUGUUGACAAUGGAAAAGGCGGACUUAGAAAAGAUUGGAAUUACAGACCCUGAAGACCUAAAGAAGGUUCUGAAUGCUGUUCAAGAGAUCCACUCUGACAGAGUAGAUGUGGACACCUUGAGCAAGCUUGAAAAUAUAGAUAGUGGGAGUGAGGAGCUGUUAAACUUUCUGAUCAGCCUGAGACAGCAGUGCUGUUACCUAAGUGAGGCAGUACAGGACAUCAUCAGCAGGUUCCCCCACAGCCCCUCGGAGCUUGUUCUGACAUUGGAUCCAAAGAAGGAGGCUCAGGCCAUUUGCACAGAGCUAGUGGCUCAGACUGGAGACCUCCAAAAACAAGUGACCUGUCUGAAGGACCUCCUCAGCAAGAUGGAUCCCACUGACAACUUCCUGCAACUUCCUCUGCCUUGUCCCCCCACCAGCAAGAGGAGGAGAGUCCUGAAUAAUCUUACACUGGGUCUGCUUGGGACAGCUGCUGCUGCACUGCUACUGUUGUCAACAAAGUUCAAGAACUAUUCCUGAGAAUUAUUCAAGUUUAUCUUUUCAGUUUUCUGUUUCUGUACAUAUUUUAUUGUUUCUUGCCCUAAUGAGGUAUUAGUUUAAAUCUGUUAAAGACUUGUUGUUAUGGCUAUUUGAGUUGGGAAAAUACAGUAGUUUUUCAUUUUUCCUUCAGUAAAAACUGGUUUUCAGGUUAAAUUUGUUGCGACCAGCGUGUUCUAUAUGUUACACAGGUUUCCUAUCCACCUUAUUCUGCACAAUGAAUAGGAGGGGGCCCUUAUUGUUUACUUUGUGUUAAAUCUUCCAAUGCAGCAGUGGACCAUUCAUAAAGAUUAUAAUCACAGAGAUGAACAUA